AUGAAACCCAGUAUAAUAAUAAUAUCAUUGCUAUCUGGGCUAGUGGUUGCUUCUUCAAAUGAUUUGAAUAGCAAAUUACUAGUGAUCGACUCGGAUUUCCAGAAGAGUGGUCCUUCAUUGGAUAUACUAAAUGAUUAUGAUGUCUUAUUGAGACAACUGAAUACAGAGAAGGAUAUUACUAGUGAAUUAGAGAGAUCCAAUAUUUUGAGCAAAAUAUAUUAUAAGAAGGCUAUAGUUGAAUUAAGUUUGGGUAAAGAUGAAAGUUCAAUCGAAGAUUUUUCCAAAUCAUUAGAAUACAAUUCAAAUAAUCCAGUUGUUAGAAAGAAAUUAUUGGACUUAUGCAUCAAAUAUGGUUUGAAAGACCGUAUAUAUUCAUUGAAAAAAGUGUUCAAUGGUGAAGACCCGGAUUACUUGGAUGCCUUGAAUACGUUAAAUGUGGUGGAUGCUUUGGUUGCGAGUGAUGAUUUAGGUAAAUUGAAUGAAGCCAUCAACAUUUCUCCAUUUGAUUCAUCAUUAAGAUUGAAAAGAAUUGAGCUAACAACACAAGACAUAAAACAGACUGGUGAUUCAUUGAAAUUUUUGGAUCUUGUUGAUGAUAUGACAAGUUUGAUCAAAACCAAUCCAAUUAAUCAUUUGGAAUUUAUAAACAGUUUGUCAGAAAUUUACAUCUUUGCAUUAUCAGAGUUUUCAAACGCUUUGAACUUCAAUAAGAAAUGCCUCCAUUAUGAUAUGGAUAAUACUCUCUGCAAGAAAAACUCUAAAUUCUUGAAUAAAUAUUCCCCAAUCCUUUUAAACUUAUCAAAUUUCAACAAAUUCUUCCAGUUUCUAGAAGACAAGGACAAAUCUGAUCAAGAUGUUGAUUUAGAUGAUGAAGAUAUGAAAAUGGAGGCAACUCGUUUGCAAGACCCUUCAAAAUUUUUGAAAAUAAGAAGGGAAAAUGAAAAUUUCAAAACAAAUCAAGAGUAUCUUUUACGCAAGUCUCAAGAAUUCAAUACCCAAUACAAUUUGAAAACCAAUUCUUUACAACUAACCAUUUUGAAAACCUUAAUAUUUGAUGCAUUUAUCAGAAAUGAUCAUAAAUCAUUCAAAUCAUUAUCCAAGAAACUAAACUCAAUUCAAGAAAAUGCAUCGGAAACUUUUUUACCAUUGAUAUUAAGAAACGUUGAUAUGGCAAUUGACAAAAAUGAUUAUAAUCAAGCAAUCCAACUAUUGAAACAAGUUACAGAAAACGGUAAGAAAACGGUAUAUUACGACACAAGAGCUCAAAAAAUCCAACAUCAUCAAAACCAACAACGUCAACAUCAACAACGUGAACAACAGCAGCGCCAGCAGCAAUAUUAUCAACAACAGCAACAACACCAACAACGAUCAAGAACUCCAAAGAAUGAUUAUUACAAGAUAUUGGAAGUGCCAAAAGAUGCAGAUCAAACAACAAUUAGAAAAGCGUAUCGUGAAAAGACAAAACAAUAUCAUCCUGAUAAAUAUAAAGGAGAGUUAUCACAACAAGAUAUUGAAACUAAAAUGACACAAAUUAAUCAUGCGUAUGAAGUUUUAUCAGAUGCUGAAUUAAGGAAAAAUUAUGAUCAGGGUCAAGAUCCAAAUGAUCCUGAAAGUAUGCAUGGAGGUGGUGGAAACGGUGGUAUGAGACAAAAUCCAUUUGGUGGUCAUCAAAACCCGUUUGGUAAUGGUGGUUUUAAUUUCCAAUUUGGUGGUCCUGGAGGGUUCCAAUUUGGUGGAGGACAAGGAGGUGGUGGUUUCAAGUUUAGAGACGGUAAGAGAAAGAGAAGAUCAUAG